UUUUUUGUUAAAUAUCUCGAAAAAUAAGUGGAUCUUGCUGCUACCCAUUUCGUUUCUCACCGACCCAUAACCAGGGUUUCGAGAAAAAAAAUAAUCUUUUUUUUUGUACCUCAAGCUGGACAUUUUUGGAUUCACAUUUGAGUUUCUGGGUUUGGGAUUUUGGGUGGUGAUUUUGAGGUUUAUAUUUGCAUGAUCCAUUUUUAGGGUUUGGGUUUUUGGUGAUUUGGUGUAUUGAGGGGGUUUAAGUGAUUUUUUUUGUUUUUGGGUUUUUUUCUGGGUUCAGUUAGAUUGAAUCCUGUUUAGUGUUUCUGAGUUUUGAAGGAACUGUGUGGUGGUCCAGUUACUUCAAGGAGUCCUUGGGCAACUUCUCCAGGUUUCUUCAUUCAGGAUGAGUAUGACAAGUGAAAGCGAUGACAGGAUGACAUCACAAGAUGGGGUGGAUUCACCAUCUGUCGAAGAAGCUUGUGGUGGAGGAAAUACCGGAGGAGGUCUACCACUUAAAAAAGGCCCCUGGACUUCUGCAGAAGAUGCAAUUUUAGUGGAGUACGUCACGAAACAUGGUGAGGGGAACUGGAAUGCUGUCCAAAAGCACUCAGGACUUGCUCGGUGUGGUAAAAGUUGCCGUUUGCGAUGGGCCAAUCAUCUGAGACCAGAUCUAAAGAAAGGUGCAUUCACUCCCGAGGAAGAGCGGCACAUAAUUGAACUGCAUGCUAAGAUGGGAAACAAAUGGGCGAGAAUGGCUGCUGAGUUGCCUGGGCGCACAGAUAACGAGAUAAAGAACUACUGGAAUACCAGAAUAAAGAGACGUCAGCGUGCAGGCUUGCCAAUUUACCCUUCAGAUAUUUGUUUUCAGUCGAUUACGGAAAACAAACAAAAUGAGGAGUUGGGUACAUUCUCCUCUGCAGAUUCACAAUAUCCUGAUUUCUUGCCAAUGAAUUAUGAGAUUCCAGCUGUGGAAUUCAAAAGGUUGGAGUUCAAUCAGCAUUUGUGUCCACCAGUACUUCUUGAUAUUCCCACUGGUGGCAUACUUGAUAUUCCUGGAAGAAGCCUGUUGGCACAGGGUCUUAAUUCUGCUUAUUACAGUCGGUCAUUCCUCUCAACAACGCCUCCAGCCAAGCGUAUACGAGGCUCAGAAUCUCUGUUCUCUGGUUUAAAUGGUGAUUGUUCUCCAUCAAAAAAUGAUGGUUCUUUUCCAACCUGCCAUCAACAUCAGGAUGAUGGCUCUUUGCUUGCUCAGUCCAUGGGAUUUUCGUCAUCAUUUAAUCAAAAUCUAAUAUCUGAUUAUCACCCCUCAUCCUUGGGUGUAAUUCCUGGCAGCCAUGCCCUUUUAAAUGGCCACACCUCUUCUUCAGAGCCCUCAUGGGCAAAGAAGCUCGAGCUCCCUUCACUCCAAAGUCCGAUUGCAAGUUGGGGCUUACUUACUUCCCCUCUUCCUUCUCUUGAUUCUGUCGACACUUUGAUUCAGUCCCCUCCAACUGAGCAUACUGAAUCAUGUAAUCUGUCACCUAGGAACAGCGGUCUGUUGGACGCUGUACUUCAUGAAUCACAAACUAUGAGAGCUUCAAAGAGUAUCUUGCACCAGGAGAAUUCUGGUGAUGUGGUUGAUAAUUCAUGUCCUGAUCUCCACAUGACUGAAUGGGGACAACACGGUGAUCCAAUCUCCCCUUUAGGUCAUUCUGCUGCAUCGGUGUUUAGUGAAUACACCCCUACUAGUGGAAGCUCAUCAGAGGAGCCCCAAUUAGUGACAAUGCCAGCUUGCAAGGUUAAGCAGGAGAAGUUUGAUUACGGACCCUAUGAUGGGAAGGACGAUGCAUCAAACCUGAUCUGUCCCAGGCCAGACUUCUUGCUUGAGUCCAAUUGUUUUGGUCAUAUGCAAAACACUGCAAGAUCCAUCUGGUACUGAAAUACAGCUCUUUGAUGAUUACACUCUGUUAGCCACACUAUCAGAACAAGGCUGUGGACGUGGUUCUUGUGCACGGAAUGCCAUGUCUACAAUCUAGUCAAUAAGCUCAACAAGAUAUUGGUACUUUUAACGCCUUGCAAACAUUUUUGUGAUGCAAACUUGGAUUGUCGUGUCAGCUAUUAAACGACUAUAGAAGACUGAUGUAAUAUUUUUUUUUGAUGUGAGAUUGUCUUUAGAUAUUGAAACACAAAAUACUGCUUGUAUGCGGCAUUAAAUUGCCUGCUUUUUCAAUUCCACUGUGUUUGACCACGAAUGCAACACAGCUCCUUUGUGCUGGGACAAAGUGAACAUUAGAGUUUGAAGUAUUGCUUUCUCUU